AUGUCGCAUAUUCAGAACCACGAUCAAAGCGGGCAGCCCACCGAGCAAGUCGCUCAUUCUCCUUCUUUUAAUUCAGCCGCUGGUUCACAAGCUGUUCCUGCUCGCUCUGCUGGCGAUCAAGUGGAUCGCAAUUCCCCAGAGAAAGUCACUCUGUUCACUACCGAUACAAGUCUUUCCGAGCAAGUUCAUGCUCCGCCCAUUCCUGAGGAUGAAGACCAAUCGAGAACCAAUUACCCAGUUCAGAACAGCGAGAUCCAAAAUGUUGUCGAGGUUGAGGAAGUCGUCCUCCCCUCCAUUGAGUCCCCGACGGAGAACCUUCCAAACGACGAUGACUACGCUACGGACCCUGCGGGUUUAAGCGAGUCUGAACUGCGCAGGCGGGCAGUCGCUUGGAUGGAGCGGACUUACCAUCAUCUUCCGAACGGUUCAAUUGUCCAAGCUCCAAGCUACUUUCGGCGCACCCGAUCCAGUCCCGCUGGUAGACCGGCAAUUUGGAUCAAAGAUUUCGUUUGGGGUCAUAUCAGACCGCGACGGCUGACUAAUGAUCGCCUCGCUGAUAUGCCCCUGGAGAGAAGGGAGAGCUGGGCUCGAAUGCAAAGAAGGGAGUGGGAAGAGAUUGAGGAAGAGAAGGGACCGACUCAAGAAGAGGGUGAUCGCUCAAACUCAGAAACGUUGUUCCCGCUCGCUCUGUUGGCAAUCGAGUCAAUACUUGAUCGCGAGCCCCACGACGUCGCCGCGGAGGUACUCUUCGGUCUUAUUGGCCGUCUUGCACUUGCGGCAAGCACCACGCGGACGGACUACCCAAGGAAUGCUGUCGAGGUUGAGGAAGUCGCCGUCCUCCCCUCAAUCGAGUCACCCACGGAGAACUCCCAGCUCAAGAGGCCAUACGAUGCUGUUGCCAAGCGCGAACAGUCCAAGGGCAAAGGCAAAGGCAAACCUGGCACAUGA